AUGCCAAAGAUUAAAGGGAAAGCAUUAUGCAUUUCUCUUGCUAAUGAAUCCAAAAAUGAGGAGAUAAGUAUCACAAGUGAAACCGAGGAAAGAAUGAUUUCCAAGAAUGGUGCAGGUUCACGAUCUGUUGAGGAAGCUAGUAGUGGAAAAAAUUCUGGUGAGCAUGGUCCAUUGAAGAAAGGUCCCUGGACUUCUGCAGAAGAUGCAAUUUUAGUUCAAUAUGUUACUAAACACGGAGAGGGGAACUGGAAUGCAGUCCAGAAGCACUCGGGCCUUGCCCGCUGUGGGAAAAGUUGUCGUUUGAGGUGGGCAAACCACCUGAGACCAGAUUUGAAGAAAGGUGCAUUCACUCCUGAGGAGGAGCGACUCAUCAUUGAACUUCAUGCUAAAAUGGGAAACAAAUGGGCUCGGAUGGCGGCUGAGUUGCCUGGCCGUACAGAUAAUGAGAUAAAAAACUACUGGAACACUAGAAUCAAAAGAAGACAACGUGCUGGAUUACCAAUCUACCCUCCAGAAAUAUGUAAGCAAGCAUUAAAUGAGAGCCAGAGAAACGAGGACUUCCAUACUUCCUCAUCCGGGAAUGCUCAACAUCACGACUUCCCACCAAUUAAUAACUUUGAAAUCCCGGCCGUGGAAUUCAAAAGUUUGGAACUUAAUCAGCUGUUAUGUACACCAACACUUCUUGAUAUUCCUCCAACUAGCUUCCUUUGUAUCCCUGCAAAUGGCCUUCUAGUGCAAGGUCUCAAUCCUUCUUACACUGGCAAGUCUGUGCUCUCGACAUUCUACCCAUCGAAGUGUUUUCAAGGAUCCGAAUUUUUGCAUCCCAGUUUAAACGAACCUGUUUGUGAUGUUGUCCCAGUAGGCAUUCAAUACCCAAACGAUGGUUCGAUGCAGAUAGCUCAAUCUUCUGCUCUACCGUCUGCAUAUAACAGUAAUUCAAACUCCGAUAAUCCACCAUCCUCGAGUUCAGUUCGUGGCUGCCAUUCCAUUUUAAAUGGCAACUCUAGCUCAGAGCCUGCUUGGGUGAUGAAGCUAGAGCUCCCUUCACUCCAAACUCGAACAGGUAGUUGGGGAUCACCUUCUUCUCCACUUCCUUCCCUUGAAUGUGUUGAUACUUUGAUCCGGACCACUCCGACUGAAAACACUCAGUCGUGUAGUCUUUCCCUGCAAAACAGUGGUUUGUUGGAUGCUGUGCUGUAUGAAUCACAAAAUAUGAACAAUUCCUGUCAGAAAUUUUCUCAAGCAUCGGUUAAGCCCAUUGAUGUAAUGGAUACUUCGUCUCAUGAUCUUCAUGAGACAAAAUGGGAAACAUAUGGUGAUCCGCUCUCUCCUUUAGGUCAUUCUUCUGUGUCCUUCAGUGAAUACACCAUCAGAAGCAGAAAUCCAUUGGAUGAAUCCGAAUCAGUUGAAACUCUGCCAGGAUGCAAUAUUAAAGAAGAACCAGUCGAGCCUGUCCCAAUGCAAUACGAUGACAACUCCGAGACAGCAAAGCUGACAAUCUUCUCCAGGCCUGAUUUCUUGCUUGCCUCAAACUGCUUUGUUCCUAACAAUGACUGGACUUGGGAACAUUCCCUGCCGGAAGAUGCAUUCGGGCCAUUCCUUGGUGAGGAUUUGAGCUGGGACUGCAAGCAAAUGGACAGUGGUGCUACAUCUUCAGCUCAAGGGUGUGGGCAUAGUUCUUGUGCAUUGAAUACCAUGUCUACUGUCUAG